AGCAGCUAAUGCCAAAGCUAACCCAAAAUAGGGCAGUUCGGAAAGGUAAUAAUAACAGCGAAUACCAAAGGAGGUAAAGUGCUGGAAACUGGGUCUUGCUCAAAGUUCUGGAGCUGGAAAGUGACCAGAUCCCGUCAGCUAGUGCCAGUGUUGAGACCUUGAGAAGGGCAACUUGAUCGAUUCGCAGAAGUGCCGGGCUUUCCAGUAGCCUCUGAAAUAUGAGUGAGCUGUACAGCAAAACAGAGACCAUCAAACUCAGGAAAAAAUACAUCGGGCCGUCUUGUAAAGUUUUCUUUGCCAAGGACCCCAUCAAGAUAGUUCGGGCCCAGGGGCAAUACAUGUUUGAUGAAAAUGGGGAACAAUACCUGGAUUGCAUCAAUAAUGUUGCUCAUGUGGGACAUAGUCAUCCAGAAGUGAUUAAAGCUGCUGUGAAGCAGAUGGAGCUGCUAAAUACAAAUUCUCGAUUCCUUCACGACAGCAUUGUUGAGUAUGCCAAACGCCUCUCCGACACUUUGCCAGAGAAACUAUCUGUUUGCUAUUUUGCUAAUUCAGGAUCUGAAGCCAAUGAUCUUGCCUUACGUCUUGCUAGGCAAUACAGAGAUCACCAAGAUGUGAUCACACUUGACCAUGCUUAUCAUGGUCAUCUUUCUUCCUUGAUUGAAGUCAGUCCAUAUAAAUUGAGAAAAGGGAAAGAUGUCAAGAAAGAAUAUGUGCAUAUUGCACCAACUCCAGAUAUCUACCGAGGAAAAUAUAGAGAGGACCACCCAGAUCCAGCUGGUGCUUAUGCAGAUGAGGUGAAGAAAAUUAUUGAAGAAGCCCAGAAAUGUGGGCGGAAGAUUGCUGCUUUUAUUGCUGAGUCCAUGCAGAGCUGUGGAGGCCAAGUCAUUCCACCAGCAGGCUACUUCCAGAAAGUGGCAGAAUAUAUCCACAAAGCAGGAGGUGUAGUUAUAGCUGAUGAAGUUCAAGUUGGUUUUGGUCGAAUUGGGAAACAUUUUUGGAGCUUCCAAAUGUGUGGUGAAGACUUUGUGCCAGACAUUGUUACCAUGGGUAAACCGAUGGGCAAUGGAUACCCAAUAUCUUGUGUUGUGACAACACAGGAAAUUGCAGAAGCCUUCAGUGCUUCUGGAAUGGAGUAUUUUAACACGUAUGGAGGAAAUCCAGUGUCCUGUGCUGUUGGCUUGGCUGUCCUAGAUGUAAUUGAAAAGGAAGACCUCCCAGGAAAUGCCAGACGAGUUGGAAAUUACCUAAUUGAGUUACUGAAUAAGCAAAAAGCAAAACAUUCAUUGAUCGGGGAUGUCAGGGGUAUUGGUUUUUUUAUUGGAAUUGACUUAGUGAAGAAUCUACAGAAAAGGACUCCUGCCACUGCUGAAGCACAACAUAUCAUCUAUAAGAUGAAAGAACAAGGAAUACUUCUCAGUGCUGAUGGUCCCCAUAGGAAUGUUCUAAAACUAAAACCACCAAUGUGCUUCACAAAGGACAAUGCUAAGUUUAUGGUGGAACAACUGGAUAAAAUUCUAACAGCUUUAGAAGAAGCCACAGGAACCAGGACUGAAAGGCUUAAUGAAGCAAAUUCAGAUUGUGCCAAUGACAGUGCCAGUCAGUCUGAAAAUACCAAUAAAAAGAGAAACGGAUAUUAUGCAGAAAAACACACAGUGACUGGAAAAAGGAUCAAGACAUGAGGCUUGUGGCUACAGACAAAAGCAACUUCUGGAUUUAAAGAGAAAGAGCAGAAGCAUCCAGCAGUUUCCGGGGAUUUUCUGGCUGCUAAUAGAGACAUACUUAACGGUGGCUAUAGAGUAAUUGUUCAUUUUGUUUGAUUUGUUAAUAACCUAAUCAAUAAACAAUGAGCAAAAACCAACUGCUAAUCAAAACACCUGUCCCAGGAAAUCCUUAUUUGGCUUUUGUGAAUCAGAAAACUUAAUUUAUUUUUAUGAAUUUUUAAAAUGUAAACUCAAUAUUAAGUCCAUGUGUACUGUUCACAUUUUAGUGAUUAAUGUUAGAAGGCAAAGCACAGCAAGCUUCUCAGGUUUGAAGCUUAAGGGAUCUAAAUAAAAUUUAGGCUUAGAAUAUACAAAAGUAAGCAAUAAAAUCACAUAUCUUAAGUUUCUAUCAAAAAGUGUAAAGUUUCUACACACACACACACACACACACACACACACACAAGUGCCAAACAUUAAUUAGGAGGUGAUAUUCAAAGUCUUUAGUGGGAAGAAAAAAUUAAAGGUAUCUAAUUUUUAUUUUAUUUAUUUAGUUUUUUGUUUUUGUUUUUUUGGUGAGGCAAUUGAGGUUAAGUGACUUGCCCAGAGUCACACAGCUAGGAAAUGUUAAGUCUCUGAGGCCAGAUUUGAACUCAGGUCCUCCUGACUUCAGGGUUGGUGCUCUAUCCCCUGUAUCACCUAGAUGCCCCCAUGUCUAACUUUUAAAGAUCAAAUUAAUGAAAACAUUAUUGGAGAAAAGACCAAUAGGCAGAUAUAGCUCUGGAAGGAAACUUAAAAGUCAAUAAAUCUGACAUCUUCAUUUUAUAGAUGAUAAAACAGACAAAGAAAAGUUAAGUGAUUUGUCCAAGAUCAGAAAAUCUAUGCCAUACUAUCUGUAUCUGUGAGUUUCUCCAUUUUCAGCACUAAAUCUAUUUCUAGAAUUGUUAUCCAUUUUACUUUUUGUUACUUAAGACACAUUAUUUGUGAAAGCUAUGAAAUGUAAAAGACCGAAAUUAUAAAUGAUAUUGCUCUGUUAAUACAUUGGCUAUAGUGUUUGGUCACUCACUAAUAAUUGCCUAUUUUCUAGUUAUCUCUGAUUAUGUAGUUAAUUGUUAAAUUAAAUUAAAAUUUAUUUUCAAUGCAGAAA